GCUUCGGCUAGCUUGAAGCCGCUGAGUUUAUGCAACGGCUUCUCAGCACAGCUACACUGUUAUGAAACUGAGCCUUGGUGACAGGUCACAUGGCCACAGAUGAGCUGCUGAUUCCAGUAUUUUCAAUGGAAACACAGUGAAAGGUCCCUUCUGUGGAACCUCAGACAUUUUCCAUCAUGCAGUUGGAGGCUCAGCUGCGACUGUGUCAAAGUUGUCUUUGGUGCUGUAAGAGUGGACUGCGUCUGUUCUCUCAGAGCUACGUACACAGAAAAGCUGCAAACUACUACGAUCUCCUGGGAAUCAAAUCUGAUGCCAACUUGGAGGAAAUUAAAAAGGCAUUUUUUGACAAAUCUAAGAAGCUGCACCCAGACAGCGACCCAUCGAACCCAGGGCUGCACAGCCAGUUUGUGGAGCUGAACGAAGCAUACCGAGUGCUGAGCAAAGAGCUGAGCAGGAAGGAGUAUGACUUCAAAAUGAGACACCAAUUCAGUGGCGACCAGGUCUUCAGAUAUUCCUCUAGUAACACUGUCUACAGAGCCAGCCCCAAUAUGGACACCCAUGACAACAGUUACUGGGAGCAGUUUCAUCAGUCUCGCACAGAUCACAUGACUCCAGAUGAGAAGCAGAAGAGGAGGAGGAAGAACUUUCGCCUGGUGGGCUACUGUAUCUUAACCAUGGUGCUGAGCGUAGGAGCCCACUUGAUCUUCUUCAGUAAAUUGGAAGACAUUCACAAUAACUUCAUGGAUGAGAAAGAUCGAAUCAUCACAGAGAUUUAUAAUGAAUCCAAAGAGAAGGCAAGGAUCAACGGGUUUAAGAAACAGACAGAAAUCCUCCGACACAAACAUGCUGAGUUCCUGGAGAAAUACAAAAACCACAAAGGUGGAGACAGCAAGUAGGAGAGUCUCCAGCUAUUUCUCUCUGAUGAUGGAGUUUGAACCGUCAGCAAGUGGAAGGUGUCAGACUGAAUGUGGUGCUAGUUUUAGGAUUUUAAAGUUUUUCUUGCCUAUUUAAAGAUGUUAAAGAAUCUGUGUUUGUCUUCAGAUGUGAUAUCGAGGAGCUGAAGACGCACAGGAGCUUGGGUGUGAUGUGGGAGGGUUUCUUUUGGUUGCAAAGGUGUAAAGUCCUGACCAAGCUGAGCUGUACAUGAGCUUGGACUAAACCAUUUGUAAUUGGUAGCAGCUUUGCGUCGGCUGGACAGUCAGAAGAAUGUUCUCAGACCUUUUCCACUGUUUGCCCAAAGGAGCCAUAAUGAACACUGUCAAACUGCCUCUAAUGAACUCACAGGGACAUGUUAGUUAUUGUCCUCAGCCUCCUCUAUGUGUAAGUGGUACACAGUGUGCAGGGCUCACAGAUGUCUGUGAGUUAAUGGCACGUGAUGGCAGGCGUGUUCAUUCAGUCAUGAUUGUGAUGCCAGUACAUUUCUUGGUGCUAUAAGAAACUGGCAGUAAUUGAGAUCAUGUCUUGGGUUGCAAACAAGAGGACAGUGAUUUAACGUCCUCCUGGGUUUUCUGAGCCUCACUCUGCUGAGGUGGACACAGUCAUGAAGGACGCUGUAUGACACAUGCAAAGUAUUUUCAGCAUGAAUCUUUUUCCAGGUUGUGUGGUGGAAACAUGACAUUUUACUGGGCUUGUCUAAAAUUCCCAGUUCUUGUAUUUUGGGACAUAGUAGCCCAGCUCCUCUUCUCUAUUUACAGCCAACCUAUAACAAAAUUAUACAUUUGUUUGAGACGGAAACUAUUUAUGAUCAAUAUUACGACUUGAAAAAAGGGACACUUUGUCUUUUAUUUAUGGUCAAAUAAGAAUAUUAAUAAUAUUUUGAAGACAUUGAGACUAUGAAAAUGUGUAAAUUGAAUGAAAAGAUGGUUCGUAAUUAUGAAUGAAAGUUCACUGGUUAUUUCAACCUCCAGAGCCAAUGUUUAACCAUUAUUUUGCCUUUCAGUUUUUAGAUAUUAGAGGUUGUUGUUUUUCUGUUUGUGACUGCCUUAUCUGUUCCCUGGAGGGAUGUCACUGAGAAGUGAUUAAAAGAUCAACUUUU